AUGCCUCACCCGGAGCCACGUGUGGAUGGACCUAGAUUCGGGAGCACAUUGGAGUUGCAUUUUUGUGCCUCCUGCACCACCCAGCACCUCAUCAGCAAGGACGCCAAGGUCAUCCUAUCAAGCCACUUGGUACUGAUGAAAUUAGUGAAGCAGGAAAUGGCAUGA